CUCUCUCUCUCUCUCUCUCUCUGCAUUGAGUGCAUUUCCUUUCCUACCUGAAUUGAACUCCGAAAUCUCCUCCUGAUUGACGGCUAAGUUGAGCAAAAUUUCUGGUGAAAUCUUUCUUUUCCACUUCGAUUUCUCACCAAAGACACUGCCUUUGCCGUCUCCGAUCGGAUCUGUAGAACAAUGGCGUCUCCUCCAACUCUACCAAUCUCAAGCCCACAAGCAAUCUCGGGUGGCGGCCAAUCUGAUCCUCCAAUCGCGACUCCAGCCUUUCGUGCCUUCAUCAACCGUCUCUCUGAGUCAAUCCGUAACGGAUUAUCUCAACGCCGCCCAUGGUCGGAGCUGGUAGAUCGCUCCUCUCUCUCACGUCCAGAAUCCCUCACAGAGGCUGCAUCGCGUGUUCGCAAGAAUUUCACCUACUUUAAGGUUAAUUACUUGACUCUCUUGGCCGCGGUUCUUGCCUUCUCUUUGAUCUCUAAUCCCGUCUCUCUCCUCGUCCUCCUUUGCCUUCUCGCUUCCUGGAUCUUCCUCUACCUUUUCCGUCCUUCUGAUUCUCCUCUCGUCAUUUUGGGCCGCACCUUUACCGAUAGGGAGACCCUUGGUGGGCUUAUUGUGCUUACGGUCGUUGUCGUCUUCCUCACAAGUGUUGGAUCGGUUCUCAUCUCCGCUCUCAUGGUUGGAUUCGCGAUUGUUUGUGCUCACGGUGCGUUUAGGGUUCCGGAUGAUCUCUUUCUCGAUGAGCAAGAACCCGCCAAUGUCGGUUUACUCUCAUUCCUUGGUGGCGCCGCUUCUUCCGCCGCACCUGUUGUCGCGGCACGUGUCUAAGGAUCUGAUCUGAUGGCGAUGAGGUUGGUUUAGCCGACCUGAUUGUUCUUUGUCAUAUUUUUUGCCCAAACCUCUUUCUUUGUAGAAAAUUUGAUCCGGAUUUUGCGUUACGCUUUUUUUUUUUUGUAAUAAUUUCCGUAUUCCCUCUUUUGUAGACUGGAUCUGGAACCAACAAUUGUAGAUCUGUUCUCAUUUCUUUUGCUUAAGAUAUAAAUUCAUGUAAUUCUUUUA